AAAAUUUAACUGUUGGAAAAAUUGUCUCUCAAACAUGGUUCAGACUUCAGACCCCUGACUUGUCUCUCUCUCUCUUUUCCCUCAAAAUCGGGUUUUGACCCAUUAAUGGUAGCAACAAGACGAGCCCUUCCUAAAGCUUCUUUGUCCCUUGCUGAAACUUUGAAUUUACUAUUCUUGCAAAGAGAAAAAAAAUUUAAACUUGGAUUGAAAUAAAUUAAAUGAAAACCCAUUAAAAAUUUUCUUUUCAGUUUAAACCCACUUAGAAAAUCUGAAGUUGGUGAAGCCAAUGGGUCCAGCUGUACUCUUGUGGUAGAGAGAGAGAGAAAUACUACUGAGAGUCUUUUAGAGAGAGAGAGAGAGAGAGAGAGAUGUGCCCUCACUUUUGGUUGUGUUGUUGUUAAUGUUAUAGUUGUUCUAACGUUGGAAGAGCUCCUUCUGGUGUUUCUGUCUUUGCAUUUACAGAGGUUGAAAGGAAAAGGAAAGAAGAAGAUUUCAUUUCAUUUUCCUAUUUGUUGGUUUGGGAUUCAAGGAAUUGAAGCUGAAGCAUAAGAGUGGGUCUCGAUCUGGGCCUCAAAGAAGCUUCCUUUAACCUCUGAUUUGGAUUUGAGGGGUGUGGCUGAUAUUUCCUUUCUAUGAGCUUGUGAUUCUGUGAUGGACCAAGCUGCUCAACAGUCUUCCAAUGCUCAAAGGGGUUUCCGCGUUCAAGCUCCAUUGGUUGAUUCUGUAUCAUGCUAUUGCAAAGUAGAUGCAGGCUUAAAAACAGUUGCAGGGGCAAGAAAAUUUGUCCCAGGAUCAAAACUUUGCAUCCAGCCUGAUAUCAAUCCUAAUGCACACAAGGGAAAAAACUCACGCAGGGAGAGAACCCGAGUCCAGCCACCCCUCCUGCCGGGCCUACCUGAUGAUCUUGCAAUUGCUUGUCUAAUCAGAGUUCCUCGUGUUGAGCAUAGAAAGCUUCGUCUAGUUUGCAAGAGAUGGUACCGCCUUCUGGCUGGAAACUUCUUUUAUUCUCUUAGGAAAAGUCUUGGAAUGGCAGAAGAGUGGGUCUAUGUAAUCAAAAGAGACCGCGAUGGAAGGAUCUCAUGGCAUGCCUUUGAUCCCACAUACCAGCUCUGGCAGCCACUUCCACCUGUUCCUGGAGAGUAUUCUGAGGCUCUUGGUUUUGGCUGUGCUGUCCUUAGUGGUUGCCACCUAUACUUAUUUGGUGGAAAAGAUCCCCUGAAAGGAUCAAUGAGACGGGUUAUUUUCUAUAGUGCCAGGACAAAUAAAUGGCAUAGGGCACCAGACAUGCUUCGGAAACGUCACUUUUUUGGUUCUUGUGUCAUCAAUAAUUGCCUAUAUGUGGCAGGUGGGGAGUGUGAAGGCAUCCAAAGGACUCUUCGUUCUGCUGAAGUCUAUGACCCUAACAGAAACAGGUGGAGCUUUAUUUCAGAUAUGAGCACAGCUAUGGUGCCCUUUAUUGGGGUUGUUCACAAUGGAAUGUGGUUCCUAAAAGGACUUGGGUCCCACCGUGAGGUGAUGAGUGAAGCCUACUCUCCUGAAACUAACACCUGGACCCCAAUUAGUGAUGGGAUGGUUGCUGGUUGGCGAAAUCCUAGCAUCUCUAUGAAUGGACAACUAUAUGCCUUGGAUUGCAGGGAUGGGUGCAAGCUUCGAGUUUAUGAUAGAUCCUCAGACUCAUGGAACAAAUUUAUCGACAGCAAGCUCCAUCUAGGCAGCUCUCGUGCAUUAGAGGCUGCUGCUCUUGUUCCUCUUAAUGGGAAGCUUUGCAUUAUCCGUAAUAACAUGAGUAUCAGUAUAGUUGAUGUUUCAAGUUCCGACAAGCAUGUUGAGAGCAACCCUAACCUGUGGGAGAAUAUUGCUGGGAAGGGUCAUUUUAGAACUUUAGUUACUAAUUUAUGGUCAAGUAUAGCAGGCCGAAGUGGUUUGAGAAGUCACAUUGUGCACUGCCAAGUGCUUCAAGCAUGAGGAACUGUAAUCAGUAAUGCUUUUGUUUUGCAUGUGAAUGAGAACCAUAAAUAGCACUUUUUUAUCUCUCGAACAGCCUGGCAAAGUAAGGAUCUUUUAUAAUCUCUGACCUUAUGCUCUUUUAUGUGAUUAGAAGAUGUGGGUGGUUCAUUGUUGGUUUCAGCAAUAGAAUUGUGAUGAUUAGCAAUUUUAUCUCUCUGAAAAGCCAAGGCAAAGCAUGGAUCUUUGAUAUCUCCAAUCCUUAUCUCUUGUAAAAGGGUAUGGGAACUAUUUGGUGGUGAUGCUCUUUGUGUAUCUAGAAGGUGAGGGUCAUUCAUUGUUGGUUUCGGCAAUAGAUUUAUGAGGUAAUUUCUUUUGUGAAGAAGAGAGUAGAUACUUGUAAAUGUUCUUGUUGGGGUUCUAGGUUCAACUGUGUCUUUUGUCGUGGGAUUUUCUGUUAGUAGUAUGUAAUCUCUUAGAUGCUUUGUGAAUAUCCAUGGUUUAUUGAAAAUAUCAUUCAAUAUAUGUAUACAUAGGUUUCAUCUAUGCCUAUGAGUCGGAUUUUAUGUUACAAGUUCGUAAACUUUCUAUAAUUUGCAGCAUAGAAUUAUAAUUGUUUGUUGUGAAUUCUCUCUCAAAUAAAUAA